AAGACAACCGUUUCCCCUUCCUUCUUCUCCUCGUCUGUUUAAAGGUCAAAACUCAACCACCACCAGCACCACCAUGAUCACCAAAAUUUAACAGAAGAAAACGUCACCGUUUUCUAUUUUUUUUUUUCCCUCCCUCUGUGGAUUAUCCGCUUCAAUAAACUGCUUAUGCGAUUGUUGAUAGUUUCUUCAUUCCCGGUGGCUUCCGGUGGCCGGCAAACUUACCGUCGUCGAUUUUAUUUCUACUAUGAAGAACAACGCCAACGGUAAUUACAAUAGCAACGGCAACAAGAGUAGCAGGAAUGGUCUUAUCCCAAAUUCUCUGAAAUUCAUUUCCUCUUGCAUUAAAACCGCCUCUUCUGGUGUCCGGUCAGCUAGCGCCUCGGUCGCCGUUUCCCUCUCUGGUGAUGCACAGGAACACAAGGAAGAGGUACUCUGGGCAUCCUUUGACAGAUUAGAAACUGGUCCAUCUUCCUUCAACCGUGUACUCUUGCUUGGCUAUUCCAAUGGCUUUCAAGUUCUUAAUGUUGAAGAUGCCUCCAAUGUCAGAGAACUCGUUUCAAAACGUGGUGAUCGUGUUACAUUUUUACAGAUGCAGCCCCUCCCAGCAAAGUCAAAAGGUCAUGAAGGAUUCAGAGCUUCGCAUCCUUUACUUUUGGUUGUUGCAUGUGAUGAACCAAAAGGCUCUGUUAAUAGAGAUGGGUUGGCUAGAGAUGCUUAUGAUGAGCCUCAAUCUGGAAGCCUUCUUAUCUCCCCUACAACUGUUCGGUUUUACUCACUAAGGUCUCAUAAUUAUGUGCAUAUUCUUAGAUUCCGCUCAACUGUGUAUAUGGUUAGAUGCAGUCCUCGAAUAGUGGCUGUGGGUCUUGCAGCACAAGUAUACUGCUUUGAUGCUCUGACUCUUGAGAAUAAGUUUAGUGUUCUCACAUAUCCUGUUCUUCAAACGAGUGGACAAGGAAUGGUUGGAAUUAAUAACGGAUACGGUCCAAUGGCUGUGGGUCCCAGGUGGUUAGCCUAUUCUCCUAGCAACCCAUUGUUGUCUAAUUCAGGUCGCCUGAGUCCGCAGAGUCUCACUCCUCCUGGUGUCAGUCCAUCAACUUCACCAGGCAGUGGGAGUCUUGUGGCGCGAUAUGCUAUGGAAUCUAGUAAGCAGUUGGCCGCUGGAUUGAUCAAUUUGGGUGACAUGGGCUACAAAACUUUAUCUAAAUACUAUCAAGAUCUCAUGCCUGAUGGCUCUAGUUCUCCUGUAUCUUCAAAUUCAGCGUGGAAAGCUGCUCGCACAGUAUCUCAUUCAGGAGAAACAGACAUACCUGGGAUGGUUGUUGUCAAAGAUUUUAUUUCCAGCGCUGUUGUAUCCCAAUUUAGGGCCCAUACUAGUCCAAUUUCUGCUUUAUGUUUUGAUCCAAGUGGGACUCUUCUGGUUACUGCCUCAAUACACGGGAACAAUAUAAAUAUUUUUCGUAUUAUGAGAUCCUACUCAAGGAACGGGUCAGGCAAUCAAAGCCAUGACUGGAGUUCAUCUCAUGUACAUCUUUACAAGCUCCACAGAGGAGUGACAUCAGCUGUCAUACAAGACAUUUGUUUUAGUCACUAUAGUCAGUGGAUUGCCAUUGUAUCCUCACGGGGGACUUGCCACAUUUUCGUGCUUUCCCCUUUUGGUGGUGAGAAUGUUCUUCAAAUACAGACUUCUCAGGCAGAUGGACCUACAAUUUCCCCAGUUGCAUCUUCCCCUUGGUGGUCCAGUCCGUCAUUCAUGAUAAACCAACAUUCUUUUUCUCUACCGCCACCAGCAGCUGUUGCCCUCUCUGUCGUUAGCAGAAUAAAACAUAGUAGCUCUGGUUGGCUUAAUACAGUGAGCAAUGUGGCAACUUCUGCAGUUGGGAAGGCCUUCAUUCCUUCUGGUGCUCUUGCUGCUGUUUUUCAUAGAUCUGUUUCUUGUGAUUUACAGCCAGUUCUGUCGAAGGAAAAGGCUUUGGAGCACCUUUUGGUUUAUACUCCUUGUGGCCAUGUAGUUCAGUAUAAACUGCUCUCAUCUACAGGGGGAGAACAAGCUGAAACUACUACAAGAAUUGUGUCAGGUUCUUCUACGCAGGUACAAGAUGAGGAAUUGCGAGUAAGAGUUGAAGCAGUUCAAGGCUGGGAUGUAUGCCGAAGAAUAGAGUGGCCAGAAAGAGAGGAAUGCAUUUCUGAAAUCACUCUUGUUGAGCAAGAAACUGUAGAGAUGAACAUGGAUGCUUCUGAUUAUGAAGACAAUGAUGUUGGGCAUAAGGAGUUGGUGAAGCACCAAGAGCAAUCCCACUUGUAUAUAUCCAAUGCAGAGGUGCAAUUAAACUCUGGAAGGAUACCGAUCUGGCAAAACUCUAAGAUAUCAUUCCAUACGAUGGACGCUCUGGGGAUUGAUGAGUUUAACUUGGCUGAUAUUUCUGUUGGUGGAGAGAUGCAAAUCGAGCAGGUGCCUGUUCAUGAGGUUGAAAUAAGGCAGAAGGAUUUAUUGCCCAUUUUUGACCAUUUUCACAGGAUUCCGACGAAUAGGAGCAAUAGAGGUGCUGGUUUUGAGACAUCUUCCAUUUCAUCUCCCGACCCUUAUGAAGCUAAAGGAAAGUAUUCUGAAGACAUCAUUGCUGCUAAGUUGACAUCACCUCUCCCAGUUGGAGAUUCAGAUGAUGGAUCAUUGAGGAUUUCUUCUACAUCAAUUCAAUCUGGGAAUGAGAAUAGUAACACAAAAGGAGGGAGUUCUUUCGUUGCUUUACAUAUGAUGAACCAAAACUCUGUUAGCAGAGAUGGUAGUUCAGUUUCUUUUAAACAGCCUGUUGAUCAUUCUUCUACUGAAGCUACUAAUUUUAAGAAUAGCCCAUCAUCAUUAACUAGUGCCUUACCUUCUGUGGGAAGAACAAUUACAAAAGAAACUCAGUCUUCAAACAGUGGUGGGACAAGUGAAAGUAUAAACACAAGUUUUAACUGUUCUAAUUUGACCCUAAACAGUCUAGGUGAGGGACUAUCAAAUGACUCACCUGAUUUUGAGCAGUUCUUUCAAGAGGAGUACUGCAAAGCAUUGGCCUCAAGUGAAUCUCAUGAAUCAGCAGAAGUUGUUACUGAUAUAGACAGUAAUAACAGUCCCUGUGAUAGAGAAAAAUCCGAGGAAGAUGGUGACAAUGAUGAUAUGCUUGGAGGUGUUUUUGCCUUCUCUGAAGAAGGUAGGAAGUUAAAAAAUAUAUUUAAAUUACUGAUUUUUAAAUAAAUUUUUGGUUAAAGUUAUCAGAUUUUUUUUUUAACCAAGCAUUCUCAUGUUGAUCGCAGUAAUAUAAAUAUCUUGAUGCAGUAGAUAUCUGUUCUUGCUGAAUCUGAUCUGUAUUCUUUUGUAGUAAAUAGAGGCUGGUAAUGAGGCCUUAUUGAUUAUUUAUUCUAAAACUUAUGGAGGCAAAACUAUCAAUGAACUUCAUACAUUUGAAAAGGCUUAUAUUAGGAUUUUUCAAUUUCUUUUCACUAGAUGUAACUAAUAAUGCAUGUCUAUUCUAGUAAUUAGCUGGUUCCUUUCUUUUAUUGAUAUAUAU